AUGGCACAGGUAGUACGUUAUCGGCAGACCCUUUUCGCGCUCUCCAAGCGAGGCGGUCUCUCAAAGGCAGAGCCCCCGAAAGUUUCGACUACGGAUUCAAUGCAAGGCAAGGAGUCGAAAGUCAUCACAAACGACUGGGUGAUCACUUCUGCAGAUGCUUUUUCGGACAUGGGAUUUACCAUCGACAGUAACCGUGGAAACGUUGGUAUGAGCAGAAUGACAGAAGUCAUGCUCAAUAUCCUUCCUGCGCGCGUGGGAUCCGAUGCAAAGAGCAUGCCUCACAGCCCGCAGCGCAACCAUUUGGGCGACAAGAUUAUCUCGGACGUUCCCUAA